AUGCUUGCAUCAAAACAAUGCAGCCUAAAGUUACAAACGAGACGUAUUAACUGGAAAUAUGAUGAAAAGAAUCUGGAACAUCAUUCCGAUGAUACAUAUACACCUGAACUUAGUCAUAAUCAAAUAAUCAAGCAUCAAAAUGUGGUUCAUGUGAAUGUGAGUCGAUUUCAUGUUGAUAUAACAAAUAGCGUUGAAAAGAACGGAAUCAACUACUUUAUUUCAGCUUUUGACAUACUAUUCGACAAAACAUUGGGAAAUGAACCUAUACCUCGACCUCUUGAUUGGGACGAAUUGGAAAAAAUAAAUGAUGUAGAAAGCGGAAUGGCUUAUUUCAGACAAAAUGAAAAGUUACUACAGACCACAAUAAAUAACAUUAUUCAGAAUGAACCUAAAAGACUUAAAGCGAUCCAAAAAUACAUAAGGUGUAAGAAUAAACAACAACAUGAAGAAUCCUUCAGUUUAUUUCUCAAAGUUCCUGAUUAUUCAACUCUGAAGGACUGCUUCAUAAAACAAGUAAAGAUUUUAGAAAGACAGAAGUCUAAUAGCAAAAAUGAGGUUUGCAAACCACUUAAGUCAUUCCCUGAACAAGAUAUGCAGGCUCUGAACCAGUUAAUUUCUAAGAAAUACGAUAUUUUGUGGAGAUGGAACAAAGCAUUAUUUAACUACGAAUUCGCUUCCAAAAAUUAUCAGCACACAAUAAGUUUAUUACAAAGGAUAUAUAACGACUUGUAA